AUGUCUCCACUUCUGAAAAGCAUCUUCGAUAUCACUGAAAUUUACAAUCAAUAUGCCUCACAUGAUUGUGAUGGGGCAGCACUAAACAAGAAAGACCUGAAGAACCUCCUUGAAAGGGAAUUUGGAGACGUUCUUCGGAGACCACAUGACCCCGAGACGGUAGAUGUGAUCCUGGAACUUCUGGAUCGCGACAGUAACGGGCUUGUUGACUUCAAUGAAUACCUCCUGUUCGUUUUCAAGGUGGCUCAAGCUUGUUAUUAUGCUCUCAGUCAGGCUGCAGGUCUAGACGAGGAGAAGCGAGCACAGUGUGAGGGAAAGGGAAAACUGUUACAAGAUCGCAGGCAAGAAGACCAAAGGGACAGAAAACUGGAAGAAGAGCCUGGGCAACGACGCAGGCAGAAGAGGCAGGAACAGGACAGGGAGCUCGCUGAGGAAGAGGAGCAGAGGGAGAAGCAAGAGAGACGUGAGCAGCGCGACAGGCAGCGCCGCGAGGAGCAGCGGCUGCAAAGACGAGAACAGCAAGAACUGGAAGAGCGCCUUGCAGAGGAAGAGCAGCUGCAGAGGCGCAAGGGCCGCGAGGUUGAGGAGUUUUAUGACGAAGACCAACAGCAAAGGCGAGACCGGCAGGAGCUGAACAGGGAGCGCCAGGAGGAAGAGCAGCAACUUCAAAGGCAGAAGCGCGAGCAGCAGCUGAGGAGACAGCAGGAGGAGGAGACGCGCGAGCAGCUGCUGAGGCGCGAACAAGAGGAAGAGAGGCGCGAGCAGCAGCUGAAGCGAGAGCAGGAGGAGGAAAGGCGCGAGCAGCAGCUGAGGAGACAGCAGGAGGAGAGGCGCGAGCAGCUGCUGAGGCGCGAACAAGAGGAAGAGAGGCGCGAGCAGCUGCUGAGGCGAGAGCAGGAAGAGGAGAGGCGCGAGCAGCUGCUGAGGCGAGAACAAGAGGAAGAGAGACGCGAGCAGUUGCUGAGGCGAGAGCAGGAGGAGAGGCGCGAGCAACUGCUGAGGCGAGAGCAGGAGGAGAGGCGCGAGCAACUGCUGAGGCGAGAGCAGGAGGAGAGGCGCGAGCAACUGCUGAGGCGAGAGCAGGAGGAGAGGCGCGAGCAACUGCUGAGGCGAGAGCAGGAGGAGAGGCGCGAGCAACUGCUGAGGCGAGAGCAGGAGGAGAGGCGCGAGCAACUGCUGAGGCGAGAGCAGGAGGAGAGGCGCGAGCAACUGCUGAGGCGAGAGCAGGAGGAGAGGCGCGAGCAACUGCUGAGGCGAGAGCAGGAGGAGAGGCGCGAGCAACUGCUGAGGCGAGAGCAGGAGGAGAGGCGCGAGCAACUGCUGAGGCGAGAGCAGGAGGAGAGGCGCGAGCAGCAGCUGAGGCGUGAACAAGAGGAAGAGAGGCGAGAGCAGCAGCUGAGGCGAGAACAGGAGGAGAGGCGCGAGCAGCUGCUGAGGCGAGAGCAGGAGGAGGAGACGCGUGAGCAGCUGCUGAGGCGCGAACAAGAGGAGGAGAGACGCGAGCAGUUGCUGAGGCGUGAACAAGAAGAAAAGCGCGAGCAGCUGCUGAGGCGUGAACAAGAGGAAGAGAGGCGCGAGCAGCAGCUGAGGCGCGAACGACAGGAGAAGAGGCGCACGCAGCUGCUGAGGCGCGAACAAGAGGAAGAGACGCAGGAGCAGGAACAGGCCCGAGAGUGGGGCGAGAGCCAAACCCCAAGGUGGCAGUGGCAGCUAGAAAGCGAGGCCGAUGCACGUCAGAGCAAAGUCUACUCGAGGCCCCGCAGGCAGGAGGAGCAGAGGCGGCGCCAGGAGCGUGAGCUGCAGAGGCGGCGCCAGGAGCGUGAGCUGCAACUGCGGGAGCAGGAGGAGCAGGCUCGCCGGCAGGAGGAGGAGGAGCAGCGCCGCGACUUCAAAUGGCAGUGGCAGGCGGAGGAAGAGAGCGAGAGGCGCCGCCAGAGGCUGUGUGCCAGGCCUUCGUUGCGGGAGCAGCGGGAGAGGCAGCUGAGGGCGGAGGAGCGCCUGGAGCGGGAACAACGGUUCUGCGAGGAGGAAAAGCAGCGCCACCAGAGGCGCGAGAGGGAGCGGGAGUUGCAGUUCCUCGAGGAGCAGCAGCAGCUCCAGCAGCGGGAGCGCGCCCGACAGCUCCAGGAGGAGGAGGACAGCCUCCAAGAGGGUAGGGAGAGGAGGCGACGCCAGGAGGAGCAGCGCCGCGACCAAAAAUGGAGGUUGCAACUAGAGGAAGAAAGCCAGAGACGCCGCUACACGCUGUACGCCAAGCCGACCCUGCGGGAGCAGCUGCGGGAAAAGGAGCAGCGCCGGGAGCGCGACAGGCAGUACCUCCAGGAGGAGGAACUGCAGCAGGAGGAAGAGCAGCUGCUGAGAGAGGAAAGAGAAGAGAAAAGACGUCGUCAGGAGAGAGACAGAAAGUUCCGUGAGGAAGAAGAGCAGCUGCGCCGUCAGGAAAGGGAGGAAGAGCAGCUGCGCCGCCAGGAGAGCGACAGAAAAUUCCGCGAGGAACAACAGCUCCGCCAGGAGAGGGAGGAAGAGCAGCUGCGCCGCAAGGAGCGCGACAGGAAGUUCCGUGAGGAAGAAGAGCAGCUGCGCCGCCAGGAAAGGGAGGAAGAGCAGCUGCGCCGGCAGGAGCGCGACAGAAAGUUCCGUGAGGAGGAAGAGCAACUGCGCCGGCAGGAGCGCGACAGAAAGUUCCGCGAGGACGAACAGCUCCGCCAGGAAAGGGAGGAAGAGCAGCUCCGCCGCCAGGAAAGGGAGGAAGAGCAGCUGCGCCGGCAGGAGCGUGACAGAAAGUUCCGUGAGGAAGAAGAGCAGCUGCGCCGGCAGGAAAGGGAAGAAGAGCAGCUGCACCGCAAGGAGCGCGACAGAAAGUUCCUUGAGGAAGAAGAGCAGCUGCGCCGGCAGGAGCGCGACAGAAAAUUCCGUGAAGAAGAGCAGGUGCGCCGGCAGGAAAGGGAGGAAGAGCAGCUGCGCCGCAAGGAGCGCGACAGAAAGUUCCUUGAGGAAGAAGAGCAGCUGCGCCGGCAGGAGCGCGACAGAAAAUUCCGUGAAGAAGAAGAGCAGGUGCGCCGCCAGGAGCGCGACAGAAAAUUCCGUGAGGAACAACAGCUCCGCCAGGAGAGGGAGGAAGAGCAGCUGCGACGCCAGGAAAGGGAGGAAGAGCAGCUGCGCCGCCAGGAAAGGGAGGAAGAGCAGCUGCGCCGCCAGGAAAGGGAGGAAGAGCAGCUGCGCCGCCAGGAAAGGGAGGAACCACAGCUCCGCCAGGAGAGGGAGGAAGAGCAGCUGCGACGCCAGGAAAGGGAGGAAGAGCAGCUGCGCCGCCAGGAAAGGGAGGAAGAGCAGCUGCGCCGCCAGGAAAGGGAGGAAGAGCAGCUGCGCCGCCAGGAAAGGGAGGAAGAGAAAGGGAGCCAGGAGCGCGACAGAAAAUUCCAUGAGGAACAACAGCUCCGCCAGGAGAGGGAAGAAGAGCAGCUGCGCCGCCAGGAAAGGGAAGAAGACCAGCUGCGCCGGCAGGAGCGCGACAGAAAGUUCCGCGAGGACGAACAGCAGUUGCGCCGCCAGGAACGUGAGCAACAGCUUCGGCGAGAGCGGGACAGAAAGUUCCGUGAAGAACAACAGCUCCGCCAGGAAAGGGAGGAAGAGCAGUUGCGCCGCCAGGAGCGCGACAGAAAGUUUCGCGAAGAAGAAGAGCAGCUGCAGCUGGAGGAGCAGGAAGAGCAGAGACGUCGCCAAGAGCGGGAGAGGAAAUUCCGGGAGGAAGAACAGCUGCGCCGCCAGCUCCGGGAGAGACAGUUCCGAGAAGAUAAGGGCCGUCGACAAGUUCUGGAGCCGAGCACGCGUCAGUUCGCUCACGUCCCAGUGCGCUCCAGCCCUCUCUAUGAGUACAUCCAAGAGCAGAGAUCUCAAUACGGUUCUUAA